AUGCCGCCGCCUUCUUCGCUUCGGGCGUGCGUGCCCCAGGGGCGCCUUUCUGCCGCGCCGUUUUCCGUUCCCGCGCCGCUGUCUCUUCUCUCGCUUUCCGGAGCGAACGGCACACUUCACCCCGCGAAGGUUGGGUACUCAGCCGCCUCCGCUGCGUCUCUCAGGAGGCUCCGCCCUUCCUGCUCUUCUCGCGCCUCUUCCAGCCGUGCUCCGUGUGCAUUCUCUGCCGGCGCGCCGCUCCACGCCGAGAGCACGAGCGCGUGUUCUUCUCUUGCGUCUUCUUCGUUUCCAAGCUUUUCUGCCUCGCAUCUUCCCGCCCCUCGCGCGUGCGCCUCUCCGGCUUCCGUUCCUCGGCCCUCGGCUGCGCCUGGUCCGUGUCGCUCUUCGCGGCUCCCUCGCUCGCCAUCGGCUGUCUGCACGGCCCGCCUCCGUGCCGGAUUCGCACACGCAGCAGACGCCCGGGGCCUUCUCUCUGCUCGCUCGGCCUUUCCGCCGUCUUGUCUCUCCCGCGAUCUUUCGUCCCGGCUUCUCUCCUCCGCCGCGACGCCGUCAGCGGCUGCGCUCUGUGAGACCCUGCAUCGCAGCGUUCGCGGUGGGGCUUGCCAGUCCGCCGCAGCCUUGACCGAAGGUCUGACGCGCAUCAAGGACACGUUUCCCUCCCAGCUGGGCACUCACGCCGACCCUGCGUCCCUCUCUGCGUCUGAAAAGCGGACUCUCUCAGAAGCCGUCUACCAUUUCCUCAUGGCUCUGAACGUCUCGCUUCCGGUCUCCGCCUGUCUCGCGUCUUCUUCCUUCCCCGCGGCCUCUCUGUCCCCCGCGCUCGACGCCCUCUGGCCCCUGAUUGAUGAAUGUCACGACCUUUUCCUCCCCGGUCUCUCCUGUCCUGCAGACAUGCAUCCCGCUCCGGCUCUGCUGGCCUCGCUCUCCGGACCCGCCGCCGUCUCCCUCUUCCUCUUCUUUGCGCUCGCCUCUGUCCUGCGUCGCCAGCGCGCUCUGGGGACAGACCCCGCUUCUCGCCACUCUCCGCCUAGCAGCGGGAACCCCGUCGGCGGAGAGGCGCGCCUUCUGUCUCACUUCGGCGCGCACCUUAGCCUGCGCGAACGAGAGCUAACGAAUGAGAGCUUGCUCCUCCUGCGGAUCGCCCUCGAGGCCCUCGGAGUCCGCGGCAAGACGAGCGGUCUCUUGGCAGGCGUGCGCGAAGGCGGACGCGCUGGCGAGGAAGCCGCCUUCGACUUCUUCUCCCUGUUGCCUCUCCAUCCUCACGUCACGGACAGGGCUGUGUGGGGACUUCCUGCCGGAGCCGAGGCCGCCGACGACCCGGCGGACGAGGAAGAAGACGAAGCAGAGCUCGACGAAGAAGAGGAACCGUCUGAGGGAGCAUCGGAUCAGCGGUCGAAAGGCCGGAGUGCUCUGGGCGAAAAGAACCGUUGGCUGUCCCCGUUUGAAAGGGAAGUUUCUUCUCUCCUCUUUCGUCUCGAAAAACCACACGACGCGCUCCCGGCCACCCUUGGCGCUUUUUCGUACACUCUCCGGAAUGCAAAGAAGAAGGAGUUGUUUAUUUGCCAGCACGAGAAAGACUUCUUCACGAACGAGCCAGACAGGCCUCUAGCGAGAGAGCAGUGGAGAUAUCUCCUUGCCGAGCUGCGGGGCUGGAGGCUGACCUUCCUCGCUCGCGAGCGCUCCUGGAAUCUUUUCGCCUCUCAGGAAGCAAAGGAACAGCUGCUCAGGGACGCCCUACAGAAGAGCUCGUAG